AUGUGCGCUUGGGCCGUUGCACCAGGCCCGGACGCCACCCCUCCACAGUGGCGAAGCGUGAAGCACGUAGACGGCUGCCCCUCGGCCUGCGUGCCUGCGCUGUCUGCGCUGUGCCCGGGGCUUGCGGAGCUCAGCAUCUCCCUGGAGGACUCAAACGGCGACCUGUACCACGACACGGCGGCCUCGCUGGCCAGCCUGACUGGCCUCACGUCUCUGCGCAUCGCCUUCAACAGAACAGAGGACCCGGCCCGCGGAACGGGCGUGCAGCCCUCCGCCUGGCGGCCGGAGUGUGUUGCUGCGCUCGGGGCCCUGACGCGGCUGCGGUCGCUGGUGGUCUUCCUGGGCGGCGCGCCGCAGCGCUGCUACACAUCGUCAGCCUGGGUCAAGGGGCUGACGGCGCUGACCGAGCUGGAGCUGGCGAACAGGCUGCCGAUGGCCCACACGCAACUGACUGGCCUGCGGCGCCUGGCGCCGCAAGGAGGGGGGGACUUCUGGCUGCGCGACCAGUUCGCAGCCAUCGCCGCCGCGGGGCUGGGGCAGCUGACCCAGCUGCGCUGCACCUCUUCCAACAGGGCCGGCGAGCCGCUUCCCUUUGGGCCUGCGCUCGCGGCCGCCACUGGGCUGGUCCACCUGUCGCUGCCGGCGGCCAGCCUGGCGCAGGGUCACCUGGAGGCGCUGGCCUCGGCGGCGCCACAGCUGACGCGCCUGGAAGCCGCCAGCAUCGCCGCGUCUGAUGACUGCACCGCCCAGUUCCCGCAGCUCUGCACCCUGGCUGCGGCGUUUGACCCGGGCUUUGCGUACAACCUGGCGUUGUUGGCGCCUGGACUGCUGAGGCUUGAGCUGGCGCCAUCCAAGGUGGCCAUGGGUGCCAUAGUAGCGCCCGCGGCAGCCACUCUGCGGGAGCUGGCGCUGCGGGGCGCAUUUCAGGAUGUCGUGCUCGAGCUCCUCAGCAACAUAGGUGGUGUCACCUACCUCCCCGGGCUGUCCUUGGCCAUGGCCCAGCAGCCAGACGUGGCUCUAGGGCUGGUUGCAGCUACUGGCACGUGCUCAGGGCUGCAACGGCUGCGGCUACGCUACGCCGCCAGCCAGGAGCCGCUGGACUGCGUGGUGGGCCUGCUGCUGUACUUUCGACACCUCGAGGAAUUGGAGCUGGAGGAGAGUCCCUGCAGCGUGCUGGAUGACGAGGCCUUCGACGACUCAUGCCUCAACCUGCUGGAGGCGGGGCGGCCCAAGAGCCUGACCAAGGUCACACUGACAGACACCUGGGGCGUGACGCGGGAGUGCGUGGACGCCGUGCAGCGGCGCGCGGCGGCGCGGGGGUGGCCGCUGGAGGUGGUGCUGGAGUGCAGCGACGCGGAGCUGCUGGGGGCCAGGGGCUUCCCGCGCUGA